ACAAGAGGGGGAGAGAGAGAGAGGCAGAGAGAGAGAAGGAGAAGGAGAGAGAGAGAAGAGAGAGAGAGAGAAAAGAGAGAGAGAGAGAGAGGCAGUGAAGGAGGGACGAUAGAUAGAGGGAUCAAGAUAAACACACCACACUGCAGAGCAGAACUGAGCUGAGUGGACUGCUGGACACAGGCAAAAAGAGAAAGAGAGAGAGAGAGAGAGAGAGAGAAAGAGAGACGAAAGUACAGAUUAAAGAAACGAAAUCGAGAGAAAGAAGGAAGAGGGUGGAGAAGAGGGGGGAGAGAGAGAGAGAAACAAUUUGGCCUUUAAGACAAAAACUAAUUGAGAAAGAGAGAGUGAGAGAAGCGGCGAGAAAGGACAAGGGAGAGGGACUGUAGCAGUAGGGUGUGUGUGUGUGUGUGUGUGUGUGUGUGUGCGUGCGUGUAGGAGUGUGUGAGUGAGAUUGGGGGAAAGUGUAGUGUUAACCUGGGGACAGGUGAAUGAUGGAGCCUACGGCGGCAGCACCUGAGGUGGCGGCCGAACCCAAAGAGAGGAGGAAGAUCCAGUUCGCCGUGGAGUCCAAUGAUCCCACCCAGCUGGACGCACGGCAGGUCGAGAUGAUCCGACGUCGGAGGCCCACACCAGCUACCUUGUUCAGAGUAGCUGACCAGGCAUCCCCUGAAGAUGAUAACUCCACUCACCAGUGGGUCGUCGGGGAGAAUGGGGUUCUCAAGCCCAAGCGAGUCAACCCCAACGUGUACCAGCCCCCGUCACUGAAAGCCGUGCAGCAGAUGGCUGAAGCUCAGAUGCUGAAGCUAGGUGUGUAUCCACACAUGGAGGAAGAGAAUGAAGACUUCCCUGGACAGGGUGAUGAGGACGAGGAGACAGGCCUCACUGAGAGCAGUGAUCAACAGGAGGAGGUUGGACCUACGGACACUGCAUCAGAGAUGAGCACAACGGAGGCCAUGGCCCGGUGUGGUGUAGAAGAGGAGGAUGAGGACGAGGAUGAAGAUGAGCAGAAGAUAGAGAAGGGGAGUCGGAAGGGGGAGUGACUGUGAGAGAGAGGUGGAAAGAGAGAGGGAUAGCAGACUAAAAGAAGUACAUAUGGAUAAAGACUGACCCACUUGAAAAUAAAAAGGCAUGAAGGAC